UUACCUGUUGGACCCAAAUGUACAUUCUCUGAAACAGCCACCGAUUAUUACUUUCAUUAUAAAUCGGUCUGUACAUGUCGCUGCAGUAGGCACCAAUUGAGUGCCCCAAUGCAAACGGUGUGCAGUUCUGUAGUUUAUGAGCAACGAGGAGGUCCCACAACCGGACAAUAGGCUCUUGCGAUCGGCUAGACGCCCGAUUGCCCAUUUGGCAUUAGGACCACAGGGCGAGAGAUACUUGUUCCGCCCACAGAGAGAGAGGCAGCAGCAGCAGAGAAGAGCUAGGGACGCAGAGGAAAGUAGAGCAUUCACAAGAGAAGCUGCUACUUCAGCAACCAUGGCCACUGCUGCGCAGCAAACUUCUCAGGCUAGUGGUUCAGGUUUUGUGGGGUCAACGGUCGCACAGACCGUGAGUCAGUCCACUGGCGUCUUGGCAAGCCAGCCAUUAGUGUUGACUUCCGAUGAGAUCGCCAUACAACAGGCAGCACUGCAGGAGGCACAGCUACAGAAGGCUUUAGGAGAGAUUAAGGUAGAGAAGGAAAGAAUGAUUAGGAGAAGAGCCAGGAUGCAGCGGAGACAAGCGGACAUCAGUGAGUUAGACGGGAUGGACCUAGCAGAGUUGGAUGAUGAUUUGAGGACCCUCAGGUUCUCAACAAGUCCUAGUGUACAGAUUCCUGUACAGACAGUGUUUUCCCAACCACCGUCGCAGGUUGUCAUAAGCGUGCAGCCUGCUGUCUCGCAGCCUGCACAGCCGCAGGGUACACAGCCCCUGCAACAGCCUGCACCACAGGGUCCACAGCCCGGAAUGGUACAGGCACCGGGACAAAGUCAGUGGGUUCCAAAGACGGCCAUUGCCGCUCCUAAACCCUUUACAGGGGAUAAGAGGGGCGAAAACCUCGACGCAUGGUUGAGGGCAGUGCCAGUCUAUGUCAAGUGCAAACUUACAUUGCCGCACGAGGAAGUGCUUGUGGCUGCCUCCUAUCUAGAGGGGAGUGCAGCAAGAUGGUUGAGUGGUUUAGUGCAGCUCCAGGGGUACGUUCAUGACUUUCGCGCUUGGGCGGUCACCCAGAAACUGGACGACCUUCUCAAGUUGGUGGACGACAGGUGGCAUGAUCCUCAGGAGGCCCAAAAGGCUACUGACGCGAUCCUGACACUGCACACGAGGCAGUUUAAGUCAGUAAGAGAGGCCACUGACGCGGUAGAGCGUUUGAUCUGUGUCCGUGGAGUGCGCUUUGACCCCCAGGUUUUACUCACCUCCUACCUGAGAUGCUUUCCCAUGCCUCUCAGGAAUCAGUUGGCAGGUGACGCCAACAUCAACACGCACAACUUCCCGUCGUUUCGCAAGAAGGCCCUAGACUUGGAAGCAAAGAUAGGGCAUGGACAGACUCCCACGACGGAUGGUAGGAAAAAGUCACUGCCUCCCAACUGGAAAGCGAAGGGACGCAUCAUGUUCGUCGACAACGAUGGUUCCACCAUCAAAUUGGAUGACGACUUCCAGGCGGGAGUAGGUUCAAAGGCGGGCAGCGUAGAAGCUUCAGGGGGUGGAGUAGUCGCUGCCGUAGCUCAAAGAGGUGAGGCGACCGGUAGAGGCCGAGGAGGUUCCCGAUCUAGGAGUCAAGUAGACCCCAAUGCUCCUCCAUGGGAGAAAGCGGGUCUCAGUGAGGACGUGUGGAGAGAUCGGUACACGCGGCAAAAUGGCCACAACCAAUUCAAGUGUCGGAAUAAGAAGGUGACCGAAAAGAUCCCGCCUACGAUGGGGCAGACGUUGGGAUCCUCACUCCCAUUGGUAGCAAUGUGGCCAGCAGUUCUAGCACUGCUCCGGGAAACACGUCGGGCCAGUAGGAAUAGUAGUUGUCCCUGCUAGGGUCGAGGUGGUGGACACACCUCCAUCUCGAGAGAUGGCCCAAGCUACUGACUCCAUCGUCGUCCCGCAAGCACAUUCAGA